GGAGGGGCCUGGUGACGUCACGGCGGAGCUGAACAUCUGCCAGCUAAGAGGACGAGCUCCAUCAGAGCAGCGCAACUUUCCACACGCUCACUCUCCUGCACUGCGGAAAAGAAAGAGCGCGGCGGAAACCCGAAUUUACAGACUUUACAGCACAAGCGCGUUCUUUUUCCUUCCUGUAUACGCUGCAGCUUGGUUUCAAGAAAACAAAAUGCACGCUGGAGACGAAAGGCGUUGAGGGAUUAUCGUUAGGGGAGCUCGCAACUGUGGACAUGGCAGAUCUGCGCACAUCCGGGCCACUGCGUCGGGACUCCAUUAUUCUCAAUUAACUGUGAAAGUAACUGGCUAGCUGACUAGCAUAGCAUAGCAUAGAUAGCAAGAGGGACGGGGAAAAACUGACAUUGCUUUUUACACGAAAAUUCUGCGCUCAAGCUGGAAAGUUAGAGGAGAUGUCUAAUCAAGGGGGAAGGAGAAAUGGACCCGUGAAGUUGCGUUUAACAGUGCUCUGUGCAAAGAAUCUAGCGAAGAAAGACUUCUUUCGCCUGCCUGACCCCUUUGCCAAGGUGGUGGUGGACGGUUCAGGGCAGUGUCACUCCACAGACACUGUGAGAAACACUCUGGACCCCAAAUGGAACCAACACUAUGACCUAUACAUCGGGAAGUUGGACUCCAUCACUAUUAGCGUGUGGAACCAUAAGAAAAUCCACAAAAAGCAGGGCGCUGGCUUUCUGGGCUGUGUACGACUCCUCUCCAACUCCAUCAACCGCCUCAAAGACACAGGCUAUCAGAGAUUGGAUCUAAACAAGCUGGGACCCAAUGACAGUGACACAGUGAGGGGUCAGAUAGUAGUGAGUCUUCAAUCCAGAGACAGGAUUGGCACCGGUGGGCCUGUGGUGGACUGUAGCCGUCUAUUUGACAAUGAUCUACCUGAUGGCUGGGAGGAGAGGAGAACCGCGUCUGGUCGGAUUCAGUACCUGAACCACAUCACACGCAGCACGCAGUGGGAGAGACCAACCAGGCCGGCGUCGGAGUACUCUAGUCCUGGUCGUCCCCUUAGUUGUUUGGUCGAUGAGAACACACCCAUCAUGACGCCCAAUGGGGCAGCGGGUGCUCAGGCAGGCGAGCUGCGAGUGCAGGAGCGGCGUGUGCGCUCACAGAGACACAGAAAUUACAUGAGCCGAACUCACCUGCACACACCGCCGGACCUCCCUGAGGGCUAUGAACAGCGGACCACGCAGCAGGGUCAGGUGUACUUCCUGCACACUCAGACAGGUGUCAGCACGUGGCAUGACCCCAGAGUGCCGAGGGAUCUUAGUAAUGUGAAUUGUGAGGAGCUGGGGCCUCUGCCUCCAGGAUGGGAGAUUCGGAACACAGCCACGGGCCGCGUCUACUUUGUUGACCACAACAACAGAACGACGCAGUUCACAGACCCGCGGCUCUCUGCCAACCUGCACCUUGUCCUCAAUCCCAGUCCUAAUGGUUCACGAGGCACUGGUGAGGCUCUGAACAGUCGUGUGGGUCAGCUGAAAGAGCAGGCCCAGUCGGUGCUGUCUCCCGGAAAUCUGCCCGAUGAUGCCGAGUGUCUCACCGUGCCCAAAUACAAGAGAGACCUGGUGCAGAAGCUGAAGAUCCUCCGGCAAGAGCUCUCUCAGCAGCAGCCCCAGGCAGGGCACUGCCGCAUCGAGGUGUCCCGCGAGGAGAUCUUUGAGGAGUCAUACAGGCAGGUGAUGAAGAUGAGGCCAAAAGACCUGUGGAAGAGACUGAUGGUGAAGUUCAGAGGAGAAGAAGGGCUGGAUUAUGGCGGCGUAGCAAGAGAGUGGUUAUACCUUCUGUCUCAUGAGAUGUUGAACCCAUACUAUGGACUCUUCCAGUAUUCACGUGAUGACAUUUACACGCUACAGAUCAACCCUGACUCUGCUGUCAACCCGGAACACUUGUCCUAUUUUCACUUUGUGGGCCGCAUAAUGGGUAUGGCCGUGUUCCACGGUCACUACAUUGACGGCGGCUUCACUCUACCCUUCUACAAGCAGCUGCUGGGCAAACCCAUCACUCUGGAUGACAUGGAGUCUGUGGAUCCUGAUCUCCACAAUAGUCUUGUCUGGAUCCUUGACAACGACAUCACAGGGGUGUUAGACCACACAUUCUGUGUAGAACACAAUGCAUAUGGAGAGAUCAUUCAGCAUGAGCUCAAACCCAACGGCAAGAGCAUUCCAGUCACUCAGGACACCAAGAAGGAAUACGUCAGGCUUUAUGUGAACUGGCGCUUCCUGAGAGGCAUCGAGGCUCAGUUUCUAGCCCUGCAGAAAGGCUUUAACGAGGUCAUACCACAACAUCUGCUCAAAGCCUUUGACGAGAAAGAGCUGGAGCUCAUUGUGUGCGGCCUGGGAAAGAUCGAUGUUAACGACUGGAAGUCCAACACACGGUUGAAGCACUGCACCCCUGACAGCAACAUUGUGAAGUGGUUCUGGCGUGCUGUUGAGUCAUUUGAUGAAGAGCGCAGAGCUCGACUGUUGCAGUUUGUCACCGGCUCGUCCAGAGUGCCGCUGCAGGGUUUCAAAGCCCUACAAGGAGCUGCAGGCCCACGUCUGUUCACCAUCCAUCAGAUUGAUGCCAGUACUGAUAACCUGCCCAAGGCUCACACAUGCUUCAACCGCAUUGACAUUCCUCCAUACGAGCACUACGACAAGCUCUAUGACAAACUCCUGACGGCCAUAGAAGAGACCUGUGGCUUUGCUGUCGAGUGAUUCCUGCCACUAGAGGGCAUGUGAAGGGAGGAAAGCUGUUUUUGUGGAAGGAGUAUACCGGUCACUCUGCACCCUUUGGGUGUGGCGUAUGGGCCAGUAGCACUGCCCCUGUUAUCAGGAGAAGGGACAGAACUAGGAAUAGGUUGUUGAGGAUGGAACAUUUUGGUUUCGCUUCUUCCCUGCAUAUUUUUUUUUUAUUGAAGAAUGGACUUCAUUUUUCAGCUGCUAGUAACUCUCUGACUUUAUACCUUUUUUUGAAACAUGCGAAAAUGUUGACUCUUCCUCUUUUUUCUUUUUCUUUUUUUUUUAAGCAUUAAGGGAAAAAAAAGACACAGACAGUAUUUCAUGUAGCGUCUGUCCCAACUGACUGAGGAAAAGAGAGACGCCGGUGGAGUACCAGCAGAACAUUGCUGCGUAAGCAUACAGAGUAGCACUACUGCCCAUUCUGGCAAAAAGAAAUAUGCCAGUGGCAGCUACAUCUGUAGUUCAAUGUGUUGUGCUCAAAUAUCUUGUUGCACAGCGGACAUUUGGGGCCCUGUGAUGAAGGCAGUCAGAAUAUAUGUCCUGCUGGCCACUUUUAAGCCCCCAAACUAUUUAAAAUACAUGUGCUCCAUUCCCUAAAACCAGUCUCAGCAGCAGUCUUACGUACAAGCUUCUUUAAUAGAACAAAUGAAUGAUUUGAUUAGGUUGGUAGUCCGGUGUUAUUUUUAUGUGAUGCAGGCUGGAAAAAUGGAGCAGUUAAAAAAAAAAAAAAAAAACAGGUAAAAAGAUAUGCAGACUGAUGACAAAUGAUUAAACUACAGUGUCUUUACCUACAUGUUUCUGGAACAGUACUUGGGGAUGAACAUUUUUCCAAAAACUAUUCACUCCAUUAAUGUAUUGAUGAUGGAGAUGGAGAGUGCUGUCUAACACUCUGCUAUAGGUUAAAAUGUGUGGUUACGAAUGCCACAGCAUAUUAUUUUUAUCUUCUUCAAGCCAUUCAGUGUCCUCUCAUGAACUGCGGAGUGGGGCGGGAUCAUCCUGGAAGAGACAAUUCCCAUCAGGUUAGAAAUGUUUCAUCAGAGGAUAAAGGGAAUCAGAAUCACUUUAUUGAUUUGCAGUAAUGCUUCCCUCACAAACCAUGCCAGGAAAACAUCCCUCAGCAUAACAGAGCCAAUGUUUUUUUUUCUUUGUCAUCUGCCUGUAGAUGUAUCAUUUAUUACCCAUACUCCAGAAACCGCUGUCGUUGCAAAAAUGAAGUAGAAUAUGUGCAUUGCAUUGUCAUCGACGACUACCAGGUGACUUUUAUUGUGGCUAUUUAAAAAAGCUGAAUGUUUUUAAAGAACUUAUUUUUAGCGGCAUUAAGUUUUUGAAUUAAUGAUUUUACUCCAUCAAAGGUGGAUCUCCUAAGGCCUAACCAAAUGUGUAUGUAUGCAGAUGCAUAUGUAGGAGCAUGCUGAUGAGGUGGUAGAUGUAUUUCUUUUUGUGUCCUUCAGUCAUGGAAUCUUAGUUAUGUACAGACCUGUGUUUUGACAAAGCCCACCUAAAAAUAAAACUCAAGUGUUUGGAUUAGACAGAUUGGGUCAGCUGAAUACUAACACUAACUUUGCCUACUUUGACCCAUGAUCUUAAAUGGGGUAGUUUUAAUUCAUAAUUCAAAAUUCCAUCCUCAUGUCCUUCUGAAUAGCUUUAUCAGUUUGAGCUGCAAGUGGACAAUUAAUGAUGCUUAAAGAUGAUGAGUAAUGAAGUAUUUUUAGAAUCAUGUAAUUAAAAAGUUAGGGUUGAUAUCAGUCAUGUAAUUUUUGAAAAAAAAAAAAAAAAAGUGUCAGUGAUUAAAUAUAAAAGAUAAAUAUUAACAGUAUACCGGAAUGCCUCAGAAGCAUGUCCCUUGUACCAUUUGUAUUCUUUUAAACGUGUAGCUUCAAAUAUAGUGCAACGCUUUUAUUCCAGAGUCAUUAUAGGAUUCCCAAGCAACAUUUUUGAUUCUUAUAUAAUGGGUUAAAUUUUGUAUCUUCUUUAACAAAACAUCAUCAUAUUUAUUUUAUUUUAUAAGCUCGUAUAGAUGGUUGAAUGAAAUGCUCCUUGUCUAUAGCAAUCCUCUAUGACCAUGGACUGUUGUUAAAAAUUUGCAUAUGCUGAAAAUGAAUUACACUUCUUCUUGUAUCACUUUUUUAUAGACUGAGUGUGUGUGUGGGGGGAGUGAAAAAGAAAAUAAGCCUCUGGGUAAAUCAAUUGAAAUAUCCUGAGAAGGUGCUUUGUACAGUAAUAGAAUAUUGUCCUUAUACAGCUAUGUGGAUCACAAAAUGUCAUAUAUCUUUAACUUAAAUAGAAAGAUGUAAAAGAAAAAAAAUACAUUGGGGAAAAGUACAUUUUGCACACACGCAGACUGUAAUUGCUGUAAAUAAUAGGCAAAAUCUAUUUACCAAACUCUUUAUGAAUGGACUGAUUUUUUUUUUUAAAUAAUUCGUUUACUCUCAAGUCCAGUGCACACAUACAGAUUCUCUCCUUUGGUCUUUUCUCUCUCCUUCUCUUUCUCUCACUGUUUUGUUGUACAGCUGCCUCUAGGAAGUUGGACUGGACAUUGUAUUGCUCUGUUAAAAUGUGAGAGGCAUCUCUAGCUUAUUUCAGCAUGACUCACUAGCAGGUCUAUAUCUCAUAGUUGACAGGUGCAAUUUGUUUAAUGUAACAUCUUUUUUGUAAGAGUAUUUUAUUUUUGUGUGUAAUUAGUUCUGAUUAAAAACUGGCCUUUGGCACCAAUAA